CGUUUGCGUUCCUCAUGAUCGGAGGGUCGAAAGUUGCCUCCAUUUGCGGCGUGACUGUGUGUUGUUGCUCCUUUCUCCUUGCUCCUUCAUCCUUUGGUACUUUAAAAAUGCCGUUUGCGCCUUCUUCAACAACAAGCUUGUAAAGGUUAAAGGUGUUUCAUCUGCGAACGUUUGUUAGAUUACUUUAGGGUUUACGGCUGCUCCCGAAGCCCUGUCUCACUUCUGGUCCAACAUCGGCAAGAGUUGCGCUCAUAUUCCACAUCCACAAUGGCAGCACCCGCUGGAUUACCCAAUCCUGGGUGGGAAGUACAAGACUUCCAGAGUAGGGAAGCAUAUGUCCACGGCCAUGACGCAGACGGAAAUCCAGAAGACGUGUUCUCAAAGGAUGCUGAGAAGGGCGUCAAACAGCAUACACACUCAACACACUCCGACGAACGAACACUAUCUAGCGAUCUACCCAUCGCAGAAGCAGACGAAACGCGCGAUCCCAACAUUGUAGAUUGGGAAGGCCCCGACGAUCCAGCAAACCCCCAGAACUGGCCUAUAAAGAAGAAAUGGGGCAUAAUAGCAGCUCUGGGCGCCGUGUCGCUAAUAACACCCCUCGCAUCAUCCUUCUUCGCCCCCGGUGUCCCUCAGGUUCUGCAUGCUUUUCAUGAAACCUCCAAGCUUAUGGCUGCCUUCGUCGUCUCAGUCUACAUUCUUGGGUUUGCCAUUGGCCCGCUGAUUAUAGCACCCAUGUCUGAACUCUAUGGCCGCAUACCGCUGUACAACAUCGCCAACCUGCUUUUCGUCGUCUUCAACAUCGGUUGCGCGGCCUCGAACUCGAUGGGCAUGCUGAUUGCGUUUCGGUUCCUUGCUGGGUGCGCGGGCGCGGCGCCCUUGACGCUCGGUGGGGGGACAAUCGCUGAUAUGUUUCCUCCGGAGCAAAGAGCUGGUGCUAUGGCUAUAUGGGCGUCGGGUCCUCUGUUGGGUCCUGUCAUCGGGCCGGUAUGCGGUGGCUUUCUCGUCGAGCACAUGUCCUGGCGCUGGGUUUUCUGGAUCAUGGCUAUAUUUGGAGGAGCGUUUGGUAUCCUGCUCCUCAUUGUCGGCCGCGAAACGAAUCAUCCCACUCUUCUGGACAGAAAGACGGCGCGCCUCCGAAAGGAAACUGGUAACGAGAAUCUUCGAUCUAAAUUGGCAAAGGACAUCCCGCCAAGGGAGCUUUUUAUCCGCGCCAUCUUCCGCCCGAUGAAGAUGCUCUUCCUCUCGCCUAUCGUCAGCCUCAUGUCGCUCUACAUUGCCAUAAACUACGGGAUCCUCUAUCUUUUCUUCACUACUAUAACAUUCGUUUUCGAAGGCAAAUACCACUUCUCUUCUGGUGCUGUUGGACUCUCCUACAUCGGCGUCGGUGUCGGCAUGAUCGUAGGCAUGGCAGUGCUAGGUGUCAUGUCGGACAAGAUCAUCAAACAAGAGCAAGCUAAAGGAGACGCUAAGCCUGAACAUCGCCUUCUACUCAAGCUUACACUGCCUGGAGCUAUUAGUCUUCCGAUUGGUGUGUUCGUAUAUGGCUGGACGACAUUUUACGGUGUACAUUGGAUAGUGCCGAUUAUUGCCACGUCUUUCAUUGGUCUGGGCAAUCUGACGGCUAUGAUGACGAUUCAGACUUAUCUUGUUGACGCAUUUACCGUCCAUGCCGCUAGCGCAAUCGCCGCGAAUACAGUUCUGCGCUCCAUAUUUGGUGCGUUGCUACCAUUGAGCGGUCUAAGCAUGUACGAUGCCCUCGGACUAGGGUGGGGUAACACCCUGCUUGGUUUUAUCUCAUUAGCCUGUCAUACCUGUGCCGAUACUAUUCAAGUAUUACGGUGAGCGAAUUCGGACCAGUCCCAAAUUCAAAGUGCAGUUCUAAGAGGCGAAAUUGUCUGGAUUGGAGAGGUGUGUUCUGAUCCUCGGGUGAAGCAUUGCAUUGCAUUGGGGGCGUUUUGUAAUUGGAAGACCCACAAACCUCUGGUAGCCCUGAGGCAUUGGCGCUUCUUAGACUUUUAUUUUGUGUAUUGGAAUACUCUUCGACAACAUAUACUAAAUAUCUGUUCAAUAGUUAGACGCCUCCUCACGUCUAUAAACACUGGUAGUCACGUAAUCUUCAGCAAAACUUCGUGCAGUU